ACUCGGAAGGUCGGAGGCCGUGGUGCAAUCGUGCGAAACUUGAUUAGAAAAAAAAUUCGUUGCCCCUUCGCUGCAACCAUUUUCCUCUCCCUCAACAUUGGUUUCGAAGAUCAACAUGACAUCGAGCGGCUUGAAGGCGAUUGCCCCAGUUCCGACUGCGGCCGAUUUUUUGGAUAUCGUGUUGUCCAAAACACAACGAAAGACGCCUACGGUUAUCCACAAAAACUUCAAAAUCAGCCGGAUACGGAACUUCUACAUGCGAAAGGUCAAGUUCACGCAGGAUUCAUUCGAUGAAAAGCUCGGUGCAAUAUUAACAGAGUUCCCCAUGUUAGACGAUCUCCAUCCUUUUUUGUCAUCCUUGAUGAACGUUUUAUAUGACAAGAAUCACUAUAAACUUGCGCUGGGCCAGCUUCGAACAGCACGGCAUCUUAUCGACCAUGUUGCAAAAGAUUAUGUCCGACUGCUCAAGUUUGGAGACAGUUUAUACAGAUGUAAGCAGCUUAAGAAGGCUGCUCUCGGUCGGAUGGCUACCAUCAUGCGUCGACAAAAAGAUCCGCUUGCUUACCUUGAGCAAGUCCGCCAACAUAUUUCCCGUCUCCCUGCUAUCGAUCCUAAUACUCGAACUCUUCUUAUCUGUGGAUACCCUAAUGUCGGAAAGUCCUCAUUCAUCAACAAGGUCACCCGUGCCGAUGUCGAUGUUCAGCCGUACGCAUUUACUACCAAGUCCCUAUUCGUCGGUCACCUCGAUUACAAAUAUCUUCGGUGGCAGGUCAUCGAUACGCCGGGUAUCCUAGAUCACCCGCUGGAGGAUAUGAACACUAUUGAGAUGCAGAGUAUCACUGCUCUCGCGCACUUGAAAAGUUGUGUGUUAUAUUUCAUGGAUUUGAGUGAACAGUGUGGAUAUACUGUCGAAGCGCAGUGUAAAUUGUUCCACUCGAUCAAACCGCUGUUCAACGGCAAGCCUACUCUCCUUGUCAUCAAUAAAAUCGACGUUACACGGCUUGAGGACCUGAACGCCGACUCCCGUGCCCUUGUACAAGAAAUCAUCGACUCUGAAGACGUCCAAUGCGUCCAAGUCUCAUGCUACUCUGAAGAAGGUGUCAUGGAUCUGAAAAACAAAGCGUGCGACGCAUUGCUCACUGCCCGUGUUGAAAACAAAAUUAAGGGCAGCAAGAUCAACACGAUCAUCAACAGAAUACAUGUCGCUCAGCCCAAAGCAAGAGACGAUGUCGUCAGGACGCCGUUCAUUCCUGACGCGAUAAAGGAGAGGAAGAAGUACGAUAAAAAUGAUCCUGAUAGGAGAAAAUUGCUCAAGGAUGUCGAAGUGGAGGAAGGUGGUGCUGGAGUGUUCAACAUCAACCUUAAGCGGGACUACCUUCUGGCAAAUCCUGACUGGAAGACCGACGUGAUACCAGAAAUCAUGGAUGGUAAAAACAUAGCUGAUUUCAUCGAUCCUGAUAUUGCUGAGAAGCUUGAGGCGCUCGAGCGUGAAGAAGAGAAACUCGAAGCGGAAGGGUUCUAUGCCAGUGAUGACGACGACAUGCCCGACUCCGACGACGAACUACUCGCUGCCAAAGCUCAAGAGGAUCUCGCACACAAAAUCCACUCCCAAUCCAUCAAAAAGUCCAAAAAGAACCAAGCUCGUUUACCACGUACAGUCGGUCUACGCACUCUUUCUGAGAUGACAGAUGCGUUGACGAAGGCCGGGCUUGAUCCAUCGCGGAUAACGGAGCGAGCGCAGAUGCUGGCCAAGGCUGCUGGUGUGAAGCGGAAGAGACCUAGAGACGCGGAGGAUGGUGAUGUGGAGAUGGAUGAUGCAGAGGGUGAGGGAGGCGAUGAUGGUGAAGAAGCUUGGAUGGACGUGGAUGGAGAGGAACCACCGCAGCUGAAACGGACGAAAGGAAACUCUGGAACCGCUGUUGCAUCUGUUAAUAAGAGGGCGCCAAGAACGAAUCGGCAGCUCAUGGGUAUGCGUGAUGAAGGGCAAGCAUCAAAAGCAAUCAAGUUACGAGACUUUGCCCAACGGCCAAGAAAUUACCAAGCCAAAGCUGGUGAGGCAGAUCGUGCGAUUAAGACGAAGAUGCCAAAACAUCUUUUCGCCGGAAAGCGCAAAAACGGGAAGACCGACCGGAGAUGAUUGGUAUUUUGGCACUCUGCGUUCUUAUGUGUAUAUAGUACUGGUGAUGUUCGAAGUUCGUGCUGUGGUGGGAUUCAUAGCGUGGUAUUAGUAACGGGACGAGGUCUGUCGCUGUAUUUCCUGAAUCUUAAUCAGAGCUUGCACUUGUCCACAUGCUUCCGUUGAAUGUUUCAGUAUCUUCCGCACCCACUAUGCGAAUG